GGAGUAUGGAUAGUCGAUUCGACUGGGUUCAGUAGUCUGGUCUAUCUAAUGUCCGGGUUCGUCACCUCAAUCCCCCUGCGCCACCUUCCGUAUUGAUGUUGAUUUAUUUUGGUCGAUUCCGUGUGGAUGUGCAACACAAACUUGCCAUUCGAUAUUCCGCAGCGUUCAUAUAACUUCCCGAUCCCUUCUUCCGUUUCCGCCUCGAUUCUUCUUCUAUCCAUUGAACCUUCAUUCCUGUUUCCACUAAACAACACACCAUAUUCCUCCCUUACCUCCUCCGAGAAUCCUAGCAUCGUUGAUCAUCCUACAUUGUCCUCUGCCGUCUAGACACAUCCUAUUGGGCUGAUCUCGAAUUCACAAUGCGCUUCUUUAUCGCCACCAUCCUCGCAACCCUCCCUGCCGUUCUGGCACAAGGCACUACAUCGGAGGGCACCUUCUCCAUCCUCCCCAUCGAUCCUAUCCCGUCUCCUUCAUCGCCGAACAACAUCAGCACAUCCCCAACUCUCUCCACCCCAGCAUCAUCGUCUCCAAGUAGCUCCGGCCCCCCCGUUUCAUCGUCCCCGAUCUUCUCCAACUCCUCCUCCUCGGCAACGAGCCAGACGAGUCAGACGGGUAUUGUGACGCGGACGAGUGUCGUCGGUCCGGGCACUACGACUGGCAGAGGCGGCAACACGGCAACCCCGAGCGCGGAUCCUAGUACCGUUGACGGGAGCGCGGCUAGCUAUGGAUCCUCUUCGAUCCUCGGAGCCGUCUUCGCCAUCGCCGGCAUUGCGCUGGCGUUAUAGGAUCGAGAUUCGGAGUUUCCUUUCAGAAUCCGAAUGCAGGCUUUCACAUGGCGUUGAUGAAAGGGGUAAUUCAGGGCAGGCGCUUCGUUUAUUGUUAAACUCAUGGUGUUCGUAUGAUUCACGCCGGUAAUGAGAGGAUAUCAGAACGAGAAUAAUGUUGCGGCGCUUAAUGUCAUGGGGCCCUAAUCCCAUCCUAUUACGGUAUCCUGUGCAACGAUUAUCCUGUAUGUACACAUAGUACCCCGAGA